AUGGUUCCGGUCGUAAUAGAUGUGCAGGGGGUCGAAAUCGAGCCCAAUGAUUGCCCUUUGGAGAAGGAGUUGAAUCUUAAACUUACCAUUAAUGCUUCACAAAAGGUACCAAAUGCGCAGUGGACGGUGAACUACUUGGUUGACACUGUGCAUGCUAGGAAAAUAAUAAGUCCUUUCAAAAACGACAUGGAGCGAAAUUACGCGAUUAUUCGAACUAAUAUGGGCCUUGGACAUGAGAGUAUGCAGAGGAUGUUCACCGAAGUGUGGUAUGCCGCCACGAAUACCCUUGCACGCAUGCGCAUCGGAAAUGGCGAUUUUGGAAGCAUGAUCAGGGAGAAGAGGAAAGUGGUGACAGUAGUAGUAGUGAGAGUCACCAUACGCAAGGCUCACGAUGCCGAGUGA